AUUUAUGCUAUUUCUUUUAAUAUCAAUUGCUCUAGCUUAAUAACUUGAGUAUUUUACCGAUGCCAACUUUUAAAAACGAACUCUCAUAUCCAAACACUAUGUAGUCAAUGAUUGGAUCAUCGGAUUUUGUGAUCAGGAAUGUCCUAAUGAAACAAUUUCUAUAAUAAAUUCUUUUCCAGAUUCAUACUAAAAAGGGCUUGUGAAUCUUUCAACCAAUCAAUGGAUUAAAGAUAAUAUUGCUCAUAAAGGUAUUUGGAUUUAUUAUAUGAAUAACACUAUGUGUGAGUAUAAGAAUGGAAAUUGUGAUUAAUAUUUUCAGGUCCCUUAAAAAUAUAACAUCCCAAAAGUUAAUUUCUUUGAGCCUAGAAUGGUAAUUCUAUUUAGAAUAUAUUUUAGAUUGUCAUUUAAAUAGGAUGUGUUAUUUUAGUAAUAUUUUACAUAAUGGCAUUCUUUGAUUUAAAAAAGAGAUUUUGGGAUACAAAAAAAAAAGUAAAAUCAUCAUGA